ACAGCCCCCACGCGGUCCGGUCCGCUCCACGGAGUUUGUUGUCAUGCAGGACGCGCGCGUCUAAACCCGCAGCAAUGGAGCUGUCCAACCUGUACGAGGUGGCGGCCCCGCGGCUCCCGGCGAGCCAGCACGCCUCCUCGGCGGCGGACCCGGGCGGGGACAUCGGGGACACGGAGGCGUCCAUGGACCUGAGCGCCUACAUCGACACCUCCGCCCUGAACGACGAGUUCCUGGCCGACUUGUUCCAGAACACUUCCCGCCACGACAGGCUCCGGCACGUGAACUGCGACGUCGUCUACGAGCACGCGCCGCCGCCGCCGCCGCACUUGUACGGCGCGGAGCUCAAGCCGGAGCCCUACUACGAGCACGCGCCCGCGCGCGCCCGCCCCGCCGCUAUCAAGCAGGAGCCCCGCGACGAGGACGCGCCGCCGCCGGCCUACCUGCACCACUACCCGCCGCCGCCGCCGCACCUGCAGUACCAGGUGGCGCACUGCGCGCAGACCGCCAUGCACCUCCAGCACCCGGGCCAGCCCACCCCCCCGCCCACGCCGGCGCCCAGUCCACACCACUUCCCCCCCACGCAGCACCAGCGGGGGGGCGGGAAGAACAAGAAACACGUGGACAAGAACAGCCCGGAGUACCGGCUGCGGCGCGAGCGCAACAACGUGGCCGUGCGCAAGAGCCGCGACAAGGCCAAGCUGCGCAACAUGGAGACGCAGCAGAAGGUUCUGGAACUGAGCAGCGACAACGAGCGGCUGCGGCGCCGCGUGGAGCACCUGAGCCGCGAACUGGACGCCCUGCGGGGCAUCUUCAGGCAGCACCCAUCUGACGGGACCCGCUGAACCCCCUCCCCUCAGGGGGGUCAGUGAUCUAUGCAACACACGGUGCCUUCCGGUCCCUUGACCUUUCACCUUAUGCCCCCUGACCUGAACUCAUGAACACAAAAAAAUCAGCGAGAAAGGAUUUUUUUUUUCUACUUUUGUUGACAGUAAACAUUCCUCCAUGACACAUGUAUAAAUGUAUAUGAUAUAUGAAUAAAGCAGCUUGUUUUA